AUGUCAACAACAGAGAACACAACAACAGUUAUAGUCCAUGAAGCUAUAAGUGAAGAAUAUGAGUGGGUUCAGUUUAACAAACAACUCCGUCUCAUUCGUUCGGUCAAAGACGAUAUGUACCAAAUGCAAAGUAUUUUGACAGCAUGUUUUGCUCCAGAUACUAAGAAACCACAAGACUGGUUUAGGAACCAAAGCACACAAGAACUUUUGAGCGAAGUACAGCGAGACAUACUUUUUUCUGAAAACAGUGAAGAACAGCGAGUAAGUAAAAAACCUCAGUCGCCAAAACUCUAUGAAAACAGUGAAGAACAGCGAGUAAGUAAAAAACCUCAGUCGCCAAAACUCUAUGAAAAUCGUGAAAAAUUGCCAAACGGUUUGAGAGGAUAUUAUGUACAUAGACUUCUUGUAAAUGCUGUUGCAAUGUGGGCUUCGCCUCGUUAUGCUUGGUAUAUUUACAGACUUCUUGACGAAAUUCAUAGACAAGAACGUGAAGAGAUGGAAAACAAGCUUGAAGCAAAAGACAAAAGCAUUCAGAAAAGAAUACCACGUUCGGUACCAAAAGGAAAGGAAAAGAACUAUAAGUAUAUGAUUUAUACUGAAGAGAUGGAAAAUGAAGAAGAUAAAGAUAUGGUUAUGUUGCAUUUAGUCAGAAGAAACAACAAAAGCUUUUACGACCUUGCUAAGAUUUACAAAUCUGACAGAAAUUGGUUCUAUCGCGAAAACUUACCGAUUUCAAUGACACCGAAUGAAGAUGUGAAACAAAUAGUUCAAGAUACGUUACCUCAAACACACUAUGAUAUGAAAGGUUGUACAAUACUUACCUUCAAAGAAGACUUACCGCUACUGAAAGAAAAAAUAACAGAGUAUUUUGACAACUUCAAACAAGUAGGGUAA